GUUCGGCCGCAAGCUUGCGACACAUAGUACGCCCAGAACGUGGUCACAAGGUUCCAUCCAGUCAGGGAAGCCGAUCAAGCCACCGCUAUCAAAUCGUUACGCUUCGCCGUAAAAAUAGCAGUAAUAUCAACUUGUUCCUCCGCCGAGGCUACUGAACCUGGGUCGUCCCAUCUCCUGAGAUCACACUUGCGUAUGCAUUGAGGGGUAUACUGACUUCUAUUAAGUGCAAGCCUUUCCCAGUUGUGUUCAUCAGAUUCUUCAUAUCAAGACUGGUCUGUCUUUCAAAUUCUGGAAAUCUCUAAGGUUGUUGACAAUACAUUUCACCAUGCGUUCUUCCUCCAUCAUUUCACUCCUAGCGAGCGGACUGUCUUUAGUCUCUGCGCUUCCUUCUGAUUUCCGUAUCACGCAUGCUACGCGAUCGGCUCCUCCUCCGCGUGGUGCCGUUCGGAUUCGAUCCAUCACCUAUGGCGGAAACGGUUGUCCACAAGGCUCCCUCGAUUGGCAAUUGUCCGAUGAUCAAGGCAUCAUUCCUCUCAUCUUCGAUGAUUUUGUUGCUUACACUGGGGGUGAUGCCCCGACUACCGAGAGGCGCAAAUUCUGCCAACUGAAUAUCGCUCUCGACAUUCCUGCUGGAUACAGCUUUAGUAUCUGGCAAACCGGAUACCUUGGUUAUGUCGCAUUGGAUCCCGGGACUACGGGCACUCUCAGUACUCUCUACUAUUUCUCAGGCGAACAGAACCAGAACGAGCAUAAAACGGUCUUCCGGGGACCUCUCAAUAAAGAUUACACCGCCUUUAACACGGAGCCGAUGGGUAUUUAUUCUCCGUGCGGUGGAGAGGUCUUGCUCAAUGUUCGCUCAUCGGUGGCUGUGAGUGGUUCUGGGAACGCGUUGAUGACGAACGACAAACAAUCCAAUAAUUUCCGCCAGUUCCUGUACUUGGACUGGCGUAAUUGUUGAUCAUAGUCGAUUGGAAGCUUAGGAUUCUUGUAUCUAUCUGCUGCUCACUUGGAAUAUCAUAGCCAUACAGUUGCGACUGAGG